AUGAAACGACUCUUGGCUCUUUUGGGCUUCUGCCUGGCGAUCUCUUCCUCCGCUACCUCGUGCAAGAGCGACGAACGUCUGGUCCAUGACAUCUCAAAGGCCGGCCCCUAUGGCGGCGAGCUCCAGCUGACUCGCGCUCUCGCCCAGGCCCAGCUCGUUGCCACCAUCCACGACCGGCUAGAAAGCGCCGGCGUGUGCUAUUUCGCCACCAGCCCGGACCUCGCCAUCGAGUCCGCCAACUUCGCCCUCGCGCCCAUCAACUACAUCGUGCAGGAUAACAAGGACCUGGACCACCUCAAGGUGUCCAUCGUCAUCGAUGGCGAGGCCGCCGUCCACGUCAACCUGUUCGUCUACUCGCGCUCCGAGGACGGCCAGCGCCUCGUCCACCCGUUGUUGUCCUACCAGCCCGCCAUCGAGACAGUCUUCCCCACCAAGCUGGCUUCGUACUUCGAAGGUUCGAUCCGCGUGCCGGCCGACACCAGGGCGUUCCUCUUGGGUCAGCACGGCAGCGAGCUCGAUGCACCCAGCAAGGCCUUCUCGUGGACCCACAUGUCCUACGUCGUCCCCCACGCUGGCAUGACC